AACAUGCUACCUAGUCAGUGUUGUUGCAGCAUUUCUGUGGUAAAAGACAUAAGCAGAUUAAGUGUUAGAGACAGGACUUCUUUCAUUACAGCAAAUUGUACAGCUAUUCCGUGUGUAGGUCAUAGCAAGAAACUGCUAAACGGCACCAAGUCAAACCCAGUCAUAUGCUCAGUUUAGACGUCAAUCUUCUCAUUUAUGAGAUUUGGGCUGGCUGCUCCUAGUUUCCCUAGCAUGUGUGGCCCACUAGAUUCCUCUCUUAUCUUAUCCCAGAGUGGAAAGAAUCCAGCAGUCACACAGAGUCUGCAUGGCUCCUAAAUGCAUAUGACGGGCAAAAUAACUAAACUCCCCUAUAAACGGGAAGUGAAAAAUAUCAACAUCUCUCUAGAGCAUGCAAAAAUCAGCCAGAUAAUUUAGGUACAUUUAUUGUGAUAGUCCUGAUAGUAAAGUGCAAUUUCCGAGGGUUUAUACCCAAACUUUGUUUUUCUUCCCUGCAUAUAUGAAAUUAUGCAAAGACAGGCAACACUUUGCUCAUGAAUAAAAAGUGGUUGAAACAGGAAAAAAAGGAAUAAAUCACAUGUAUUCUCGUUGAAACCUUGUGGGCAGAGAUGCAGUGUGUGUGCUUUGUGUUUGAGACUAUCCACUCCCUUCACAUGCUCUAACCCAUAAAAGCCCAGCCCACCUCCAACACCCUAAAACUCACCCUCAUCAUGGCUCAGCCUGCUCUGUUCUGCCCAUUUUCCUGAUCUCUCUUUUCAAAGAGAACUAAUUGAGCCCCGUUGAGCCAUCACCUUCCUCACUGUGCCUGAUCCACCUGAAACUAACACAGUUGGAGUUUUGUUUACCUGCCCUCCAUCCCCCGCCCGCCCCUCUGUAUGUGUACCACUCACAGUGCUCUACUAACACCGACGACCCUUUUUGUUAAAACACUUUAACAAAAAGCUGCAUGCUGUUUUGUUUUUUUGUUUUUUUUUUUGUUUGUUUUUGUUUUUGUUUUUUUUCCAACCCCCUCACUUUCUGUUUGUGAAAGUUGAUGUCAGUCUCUUUGUGAUUAUAAAUAUCCUUUUUGUUUGGUUUGUAUGGUUUUUGAUAGAAUGCAGCACUCUGGUGAAUGAUAGACAAGCUUGGAAUAGUUAUAAUCACAACAGAAAACACUGCUUAUAAAGAAAUCUCAUUGUUAUUUAUUUGUGCUUGAGGAUGUACUGUAGUGUGUAGUGGUGGGACGGUCUUGCAUUUCACUUAAUGUUGUUAUCUUGCUGACCCAUACUACUGAUAUAACGGACUUCAGCCUGCACUUUUGGCCCCACUGUGUGCUAGGAAUUUCUGAUGUCUAUGUUCUUGCACACCUCUGUUGCCUCUUUAGUUUACUAUUAGUUGUGUGAUGUUGCCCACAUUGUUGGUUGUGCAGCGUUUCUCAUAGGAGUCAUUGGUAUCAAGAGGAAAAAGUAAUACUUGAAACUAGAUGACCUCAAAGCAGUUGCACAUUUCUGGGUGCUCCACUUUGAAAAAUGUUUCCAGGAAUUUGUAAAGCCGUCAGUGCAUUUUAUGCUAACUAUAAAAAAAGGUCAUCUAGUUUGUGAAGUUAUUCAGAAUACUAAUGAUCCCAAUGAGAAUAUCAACAUUUGUUCUGACAACGAUAACAGAUUAAAGAUGCCGGAGGUCUUCAAAAACAUGCACAACAGCCGUUUUUAGUAUAACUGAUGGGGCUAUAUGCACACAGUGUGUCCCUCUCUUCACCUGCACACCCACAUAUUCCUUCACAUGUGCAUAGUCUAUCCACCCUGGGCCUUGUAAUGGUAAUCCAAGGCCCACUAGCUUCACUUCUGUCUCUUCCUCUUGCUAUAUUUUUUUGUGACAGCUGCAUAUGUUUUCAUGGUGCUCCCCUUGUCAUGGUUACGGAAUCACAGCAAGCUUGGAGUUUCUGGUCUUCAUUUUGUUGUUAUUGCUAGAUUUCCAUACCUGUUCUGUGUCACUUUUCUUUGUGUACUAAGAUCUUAUUCUGUAGUGGAUCAUAUAUGUAUGCGUGUGAUACAUAUAUUGCCCUCUCCUUCCUCCUCUUCCUCCUAACUUUUCACUUAGUGAAUGUAACUUAUUUUAAUCAUUACAAAUAGAAUUGCUCUUGCCCAAUUUUUUUGGCCUAUGCAAGGUUUUUAAAUUGCACUCUUAAUGUAGGAGGAUAUCUUGUAAUGUACAGGCUACAUAUAGCCUCAUGUAUUUGUCAUAGAGAAAAAUCUAAACUCUCCCAGCCUUUAUCCCUCUUCCCCAAUUCCCCUUGCACCUUGUGCUGGAAGACACUGAUUGUUACACGCUGUAGGUGAUGACAAUAAUGACAAUGGUGAUGGUGGUGGUGGUUGUGCUGAUGAUGAUAGUGAUUUGAGUGUUUUUAUUUUGUUUGUCUGUUUUUUUUUUCACCCAUGCCCACAGGGUAUAGCUCUUCUUAUUAUUGGAAUAUUUUUGGUUUUUUUCUCCUCUUUUUCUCUGCUAGGAUAACAUUGGGCACCGGCUGCUUCAGAAACAUGGCUGGAAGUUGGGGCAAGGCCUUGGCAAAACCAUGCAGGCGAUUUGAUCCUGCCCAUGUUGUGCUGAUGGUAAACUUAGUGGACGUACAGACCCUGUGCCCAUUAUCCUUAAAUAUGAUGUCAUGGGAAUGGGACGGAUGGAGAUGGAGCUGGACUAUGCAGAAGAUGCCACAGAGAAGAGGAGAGUGCUCGAGGUGGAGAAAGAAGAUACAGAGGAACUGCGGCAAAAGUACAAGGACCAGAUGGAAAAGGAAAAAGCCAUUGCAAAGGCUCUGGAAGACCUGAGAGCCAAUUUCUACUGCGAGCUUUGUGACAAGCAGUACACUAAACACCAGGAAUUUGACAACCACAUUAAUUCUUAUGACCACGCACAUAAGCAGAGGCUGAAAGAACUGAAGCAAAGAGAAUUUGCUCGGAACGUGUCAUCUCGUUCUCGGAAGGAUGGCAAGAAGCAAGAAAAGAUGCUGCGCCGACUGCAUGAACUGGCUGAGCAGAGGAAGCAAGACAAACAAGACCGUACUCCUGGAAGUGGACCCAUGUUCAAAACAACCACAGUGGCUGUUGAUGGAGAGAAAUCAGAAGAUGGUGAAAACAUGACACUUGAGAACCCUGCUUUGUUAGAUGCUACACGAGCAGAAUCACCAGCAGAACAAAUGGACCAGUCCUCCCCAAAGUCUGGCCCAACUAUUAGUUUUUCUCUUGGAAAGAGCACUUCCUCAUCCCCGACCCCUAGUAGUGGAUCCAAAGUCAGUGUCUCAUUCUCUUUUGCUAAGAAAGCCCCAGUAAAGCUAGAGACAGCAGCUGCUGUGUUUGCUGAUCAUGGUGAGGAGGCUAUGGAGGAGGAGGAGGAAAGCCAGGAGGGAGAAAAAGCUGGAGGACAAGAGGAGACAUCAGGGUGCAGCUCAGACAGCCCUCAGGCGGGAUUUGGAGGAGCAGAGGGAGGUGUUGCAGCUGUGACGGAGGAUGUGCAGCAGCCUGAUGAUGGAGGGUCACUAGCCUCCACUCUCAACAAACUGAAGAUGAUGAUGAAAAAGGAGGAAGGAUAUGCUGGACAGGAGCCACAAUACUACCAUUAUGUACCCCCAGCUCACUGUCGGGUAAAGCCAAACUUCCAGUUUUUGCUGUUUAUGAAGGCUUCUGAACAGGGUCAGAGCAAAGAAGAGGAGGAUGAGGAAGAGGGGGAAGACGAGAAAAAGGCUGAAGAAGGUCCAGAUCAGACUGAGUCCAAUAAUCCAGAGUGUAAAACUGAAAAAGAACACGAUAAUGAUAAUUCAACUACUGAGCCAGAGCCAACUCCUUCAUCACCUAAAGUCAAGACAGAGGAGGAACCUUCUUUAUGUGUGAUGGACACAGCUUCAACAACUUCCACUGUGCCCACUUCUCCUAAUCAGAGAGCAGAGAGCACACCAGAGACUCUGGAUUCAAACACUGGACCUAAAAUCCCUACCGGUCCGUUUUUCCCAGUUCUAAGCAAAGAUGAGAGUACUACCCUACAGUGGCCGACAGAGCUCCUUGAAUUUACAAAAGCUCAGCCCUCCCUGUCCUACAGCUGUAAUCCACUCUACUUUGACUUCAAGCUGUCUAGAAACAAAGGAGUGCGUGGAGCAAAAGCUGCAAAGUCCCCUAAACCUGGUGAAGAGACCAAUGAAAAGGGACAAGAGGUAACUGCAUUGACAACUGAUGCAGUUGCAGCAACAGAACCUGAAACAAGCACUGACAAAAACAAGCCGGCCAUGAAGGGCGGUCAUGAGCAGUCAGAAAGUGAUGAGCAGAAGCCCUCAACUGGCAGUGGCAGUGCAAAGAAGAAAAAGAAAAAGAAGAAGCAUAAGAAGUCUUCAAAGCAUUCAAAACGCAAAGGAAAAGAAAAGGGUGAAGCAGAGGAUGCAGAGGGAGAGAUGGGAGAGGUCACGCAAGAAAAGCCCAAAAAGAAGAAGAAGCACAAACGGAAGAAGAGCAAAAACAAGGCUGCAGAUCAGAAUGAGGCAAAAGAUGAAAAGGAAAAAGUUAAACCAAAGUCAGAAGAUAAAGCUGUUGCCUCUUCUGUUCAGGUAACAUCUGCAGGGGGAGCAUCUACAGGAGCAGAACUGGGAAAGAGGAAACGUGCUGCUAAGGAGGUGCCUUCCAAGUCCAGAGCAGAGGAAGGAGGAACCGGAAAAAGUAAUGACAAGGCCAAUUCCUCAGAGGAUCACAGUGGCAGCAAGAGACCAAAGACUGACUCCAGUGCAUCUCAAAGUGCCUCCUGCUCCACCUCCGCCCAAAAGAGUCCUGGUCAUGGUAGACCCCCCAGCAGUGAGAGUGAAGAAGAAGGCGGCUCUAGUACUCAGCGCUCACGUCAUCACAGGUCAAGCCCACGGGAACAGCGGCGCCACCACAGCGAAGAAUCAGGGCGGUCCUGCAGCCACUCAUCGAGACGGGGAGAAAGACGAGGCAGCAGUCGCCGCCGUCAUCAUCGUGGCCAGACGUCCCGUAGUCGCUCUUACUCCAGCAGCUCUGAGCGUUCCUCAGCAGGAAGCAGUGCCUACAGCCACCGCAGUCGCAGCUACUCGGAUAGCUACAGUGACUACAGCACAGAAGGUCGGAGACGAAGGCACUCCAAACGUUCGUCCGACUCAGAGUACGAGCGAAGGGGUAGCCGAGGACGCAGACGUUCCAGAAGACAUCAGUACUCCUCUUCAUCUUCAGAAGAGUCACGCUCACGGUCACGCAGCUACAGUCGAAGGAAGCGGCACCGGCGGCACCACCGGAGCAGUUCAAGAAGCUCCAGCAGCUGGAGCCGCAGCACAAGCGCAAGAUCCUGGAGGCGAAGCUACAGUCGAAGCCACAGCUCUGCUAGCCGCUCCUCCAGCUCAAACAAAGGCUCUCCUCACAGACGAAGCACCAGAGGUCGAGGGGACAAUGACACACAUCGCAGAGACUUCAACCGCUCUCGCAUCUACCGCUCUCAGUCUCCACGGUCGUCAUCUUCACGAGGCCUUAACCGCAACACCCAUUCUUCAAGCUUGCAGACUCUGAGGCCAGGGGGGUCCCGAGAUGCAGGGGAGCAGAAAAACACACUUACUGCACGCCAGCUGCUCGAGAAGGUUCAGUCUAAAAGAAGCUCAGAUGAUUCUGCCACAGGAACAAAAGCUGGGAUUAAAAUUAAAGAUCCACCACUGGGUUAUUUUGGUCCUAAACUACCCCCAACCCUGGGAAGCAAAGCCAUGUUGCCACUUUUCGGUAAGCUGCAGGCAGGGAAGAAACCUCUGAUUCCCCUAACCAGACCUGAUGACGGAGAGAAAUCAGGAACAGGGAAAGGCUCUGAGGCUGAGCGAGAGAUUAUCCUGGUAGAGCCCAUCAGGGAGUUCCCUCCUCCUCCUCCACCCCCUCCAGCUCCACCAGUCCAGAAGAUUGAGGAGGCUCCACAGACCACAGUGAUUCAAGAGGAGACACAGCAGCACCCUACUACAGAAGAACAGGUCAAUCAAGAGCCCCGACCAUUGUUUGAACAGGAACCUUCGAUGAUGAUGCCCCAGUAUCAAGGAGAAGCAGCACAGGACCCUUCACAGAACCCCAUGAUGGAGUCGCUUAUGCCUGAAAUGCAACAGCAGCCCCCAAUUCAUGCAUACCCUGCUUACCCACCUCCCAACAUGGAAGAAGAAGGCAUGGAGGCAGAGGAGGAUGGCCUGGCCCCUUUAGAGAGUCAGCCAAUUACAUUCACGCCAGAGGAGAUGGAAAAAUACAGCAAGCUGCAACAGGCUGCACAACAACACAUUCAGCAGCAGCUUUUGGCCAAGCAGGUGAAAGCGUUUCCCUCAGCUGCUGCUGCAGCAGCAGCCGCCGCUGCAGCAGCAGCCGCCAACCUGGCCCCAGCUCCCCCUCCACCUACCCUGCAGCAGAUCCACAUUCAGCAACCAGCUGUGUCCGUAGCUUCCGGCACAUCUAUCGCCACAGUGCAGCACGCCAUCCUGCAACACCACGCAGCUACUGCUGCAGCAAUGGGCAUCCACCCAGCACAUCCCCAUCACCCUCAUCCCGCACAUGCUCAGUUGGCCCAGGUACAUCACAUUCCCCAGCACCACCUUACCCCCAUCUCCUUGUCUCCUUUAGGCCCUUCUCUUGGUCAUUCUUUGGGGCACUCACUGGGACAUGCAGGGCUAAUUCCUGCCCACCCGACAGCCUUCCUUUCUGGUCAGCCCAUACAUAUUAUCCCUGCUUCUGCUCUUCAUCACACCCCAUUAGCUCUCCACCAUGUACCCCAUACAGCCCUCUACCCCACACUAUUCACGCCUCGGCCCUCUCAAGCUGCUGCUGCAGCAGCUCUCCAGCUCCACCCACUACUGCACCCAAUCUUCUCAGGACAGGAUCUUCAGCAUCCACCUAACCAUGGCUCUUGAGCGAGGAUGGAAGUAAAAUGGGGUAUUGACAGCACUCUACCACUGGCAGAAAGACUUCCUAUGAGCUGCCGUAGAAUAAGGAUAAAGUCAACAUGAUGGCAGUGAUAGGGGAAGCUUGUCUGUAAAACCAGUUUUUCUGACCAACACAGAUGACAAGUUGUUGCCACAACAUGACGCAGACUGUGUUGGGUCCAAAAUCGAACACUAACGUUUCCUUGGGGUUGUAAGUUUUUUCUGAAUUUUUAAAAUCUUUGAGGAAAUGUUCUCUUGAAAUUGGCAUAUAUUCAAAUAUAGGGUGUAUUAAGAACCUGAUAACCCACUGGAGUUUUUCUGUUCUCCACAUAUUGAUCUUUUUGGCUGCCAAAGAGAAAAAAUGUCUAAAGCUAAAAACAUUCAUGUUUGGAAAGUACAAAGAAGCAAACGGCUUCGACUUUGUAAAGCGAGGUGCUCAGAGAUGGAGCGUUUAGUUUCUCACACUGUUUAUGUUCUAAUGUAACUACCUGCUCUUUAUUGGAAACUUAGUCUCAUAAUCAUUUGUAAUGCAGUAACUUGUACAUAUAUCAGUGUGUAAUGUGAAUAAUCCCACCAGUAAUGACCAUAUGAAAUUAUGGCUGUGGUGUCUAAAACUAUAUGACACUGUCACAUGGAGGGUCCUCUCUGAAUGAGGCAAAAUGUGAUGUAGGGGUUUUAACAUCCCUAAUUCUCUGAGGCAAAUCUCAUGUUCCCUGUUUGAGGGUAUGUGUGAAUAAAUUGCACUGAAAUCUGUACAUCAAGAUGGUGCUUUUUGCAUCAUUUAACAAGAUUGUAGAAUACUGCAAUAAUUGUAUUUUUGUUUUUAAAUUAUUUUCCAAAAUGCUCUUCAAAAGAAGGGCUUUGUUUGGCUUUUUUGUGUAAUUUUGUAAAUAAAAAAGCGCUGUAGAUUAACCUAUUAACAUACUAAAGGUUUGAGGCUGCUAUUGGGAAAAAAAAGCAGACAAAUAAAAAGUUGGACAGAGGAUGGAUAUGUGCAUUUAUCAAGGUUGUUUCUAAAUCAUCCCAGCUCGUCUAAGCUGGGAUGGCAAACAAAAAUGAUCUGUCGAAAAGUAGCAAUUCUGUAUUUUUUAAAAACAUAACUCUGUUUCAGCAAAUAAAAUUUUGAGUUCA